UAUUUUUGGUCCCCCAUUUUCAUAAACCACCCUCCCACCACACAAAUUCUCUUUUAUUUAUCAUAAAUUAGUAUCCCUUCAAACUACUAGCUAUGCAGAUGAUAAUAAUGGCUAAACCUCACAAUUUCUUUCAUAUUUCCACAUUGCUUUUGUUAUUCCAAUCAGCCAUCUCAUGGAAUGAUCAAACUAAAGUAGCAACACCACCUCUUCCAAUUCCUCCAUUGCCAUCUUAUUCCCAAUUGAAAUGGCAGCAGAGAGAGAUCAUAAUGUUCCUCCAUUUUGGUGUCAACACCUUCACCGAUAGAGAAUGGGGCACCGGGCUGGAAAGCCCGUCCGUGUUCAAUCCAACGGGCCUCAACGCCAGCCAAUGGGCCGAUGCAGCUGCUCAAGCCGGCAUCUCGUUGAUGAUUCUGACGGCCAAGCAUCACGAUGGAUUCUGCUUGUGGCCUUCCAAAUACACUGAUCACUCUGUCAUUGGAAGCCCUUGGAAGAAUGGAAAAGGAGAUGUGGUAAAAGAGUUUGUCGAGGCGGCCAAGGCCCGGGGAAUCGAUUCGGGCUUGUACCUUUCUCCGUGGGAUCGCCAUGACCCUAGAUAUGGACAUGAUAAGCUCUACAAUGAGUACUAUUUGGCUCAGUUACAAGAACUUCUCAAAGGAUAUGGAGAUGUUAGAGAGAUAUGGUUCGAUGGAGCAAAAGGUUCAAAUGCAAAAAACAUGAGCUAUUACUUCAACGAUUGGUUUUCGAUGGUGAGGGAACUGCAGAGCAGCAUAAAUAUAUUCUCGGACGCCGGCCCGGAUGUCCGGUGGGUCGGAGAUGAGAACGGAUAUGCCGGGAGCACAUGCUGGUCCACCAUCAAUGCCACAUCUCUAUCAAUUGGCAACGCAACCAUUAUUAGCUAUCUCAACUCCGGCGACUCCAAAGGGACAAACUGGCUGCCGGCGGAAUGCGAUGUCUCUAUUAGAACAGGUUGGUUUUGGCACAAAUCACAAGCACCAAAAAAGGUUAGUGAACUACUCGAUAUCUACUACAAAUCCGUCGGUAGAAAUUGCGUUCUACUAAUCAACGUUCCACCAAACACAACCGGUUUGAUAUCCAAAGGCGACGUACAAAGAUUGAAACAAUUUAGAGAAGCAAUUGACGCCAUAUUUUCCUCAAAUUUGGCUCAAAAUUGUUUGGUCAAAGCGAGUAGCCAACGAGGUGGUAAGAAUGGAGGUUUUGAGGCGAAAAAUGUGGUGGACGACGAUCAUUUGUGGACAUAUUGGGCCCCGAGUGAGAAGGAGAAGGGAGAUUAUUGGAUUGAGUUUAAAUCAAGAAGUGGAAAGAUCAAGUUUAAUGUGAUUAGGAUACAAGAAGCUAUUGGACUAGGGCAAAGGGUGAAGAAACACGAAAUUUACGUGGACGGGAUUAGGGUUGCUAAAGGAACUACAAUUGGACACAAGAGGCUUCAUAGAUUGGAAAAGGGAGUUGUGCAUGGAUAUAGUGUUAUGAUCAAGAUUGUGAAAGCAAAGGGACUUCCUUUGAUCUCUUCUGUUGGCCUACAUUUUGAUCCCUUUUGGAACCCUAAUCAAGGGAUUAAUGGGUCCAUUAAUAGUUAAUUAAUUAAUUACCACUUCCUCUACAUUGCUUUGAUCCUUAAGGUUUUUAAUGUUUAUGCUCGCACACAAUGUGAAAAAUUAAAGAACGUUGUUGUGUUACAACAUCUCAAGUGCAAUAAAGACUCAUGAUUUCUUAGUUUA